AUGCCCUCGUCCGACUACAGCAACGCGGUCGGCGGAGGCCUGAAACUCAAAGGUGCUUCUUCCGGAGGCAUAGAAAAGACGAAGAAGAAGAAGGCGAAGAAAGCCGUCGUGAGGGCUGAUUCUGGCGAAGAGACGAAGAAGGAGCAGCAACAGGUGGAAGAUGGAGACGGAGACCUACAGAAAGCUCUCGCGGAUGAGGAGGAAGUCGACGAGACGAGGGAUGCGAGAGACGCGGAAGAAGUGAAAGAAUACGGCAAGACGGAAGCACAGAGGCGGUUCGAGGAGAGGAGGAAGAAGAGGGUGAGUUUGCCUCCCUCGUCACACAACACAACCAAAAAAAAAAAGAAAAAGGAAAUCUGAGAGAGAGGAGUUUUCCUGUUUGGGCUUUGGGCUGAUUUUCUGAAACUCCAUAUAGCUGGACGAGAGAUUGAAACGGGAAGGGGUUCGGACUCACAAGGAGCGGGUGCAGCAGUUGAACAAGUAUCUCUCGACGCUGAGUGAGCAUAAUGAUAUGCCGAGGAUCGGACCUGGUUAA